GGGAGCGGCGAAGAGGCAGGAAGACAGGACCAUGUCGAAGGGCCCAGGGCCCGGCGGCUCCGCAGCUUCGUCGGCGCCCCCGGCCGCUACCGCUCAGGUGCUGCAGGCACAGCCCGAGAAACCGCAGCACUACACCUAUGUUAGAUACUAAAGAAGGCUUCCCCACAAUCCAUAUGCAUCUGCUUUGACUGGUGGUUUCUAUCAACCUACAAAGACUGUGGCUUAUUGGUGAGGGCAGCUGGACAACUCUGAGAGCAACUUAGAGAAAUCCAUCUUGGGCACACUCUAUAAAGGAGCUCCUUCUCUGCAAAUAGCACCCCAGAUAAGUGCACAAAAGCAAGACACCCUCGUGGACCUACUUCCUCCCGCUUUCAACACCCUGAUGCCUGAAGCUGUGCUUGAUACUAAAGGAGGUUUUCCCACAUAUGCAUCUUCUAUAUUUUGAAAUUACAACUAUGGACAGUUAUGGCUAAUCAUAGUAGAUUGUCUUCCCUUCUUUUAACACCUUGGAUGAAUUUUGGGGCACACUAAUGUGUUAUGUGAAGAUGGAUGUUGAAUAUACUCUAUAGAUUCACCCCAGCCAGCCAUCUUAAAAUACCUGCAUGGGCAACAGAGAGAUCUACGGAGAAAGUUUGGGUAAAAUCAUUGCAUAUGAAAAUAGGUACCUGAAGGAAUUCCGCACUGAGCAGUGCCCGCUCUUUGUGCAACACAAAUGUACUCAGCAUCGGCCCUACACCUGCUUCCACUGGCAUUUCGUGAACCAGCGACGCCGCCGGUCCAUCCGCCGUCGGGACGGCACCUUCAACUACAGCCCCGACGUCUACUGCACCAAGUACGACGAGGCCACAGGCCUCUGCCCGGAGGGCGACGAGUGCCCAUUCCUGCACAGGACCACAGGGGACACUGAGCGCAGGUACCACCUGCGCUACUAUAAGACUGGAAUCUGCAUCCACGAGACAGACUCAAAAGGCAACUGCACCAAAAACGGCCUGCACUGCGCUUUUGCUCAUGGGCCCCAUGACCUCCGCUCCCCUGUCUACGACAUCAGGGAGCUCCAGGCAAUGGAGGCCUUGCAGAACGGCCAGACCACAGUAGAGGGCAGCAUAGAGGGCCAGUCAGCUGGGGCCGCAAGCCACGCCAUGAUAGAAAAAAUCCUCAGUGAGGAGCCACGGUGGCAAGAGACCGCUUAUGUGCUGGGGAACUAUAAGACGGAGCCGUGCAAGAAGCCCCCACGGCUGUGCCGCCAGGGUUAUGCCUGUCCCUACUACCACAACAGCAAGGACCGGCGGCGGAGUCCCCGGAAACACAAAUACAGGUCAUCUCCAUGUCCGAACGUAAAACACGGGGACGAAUGGGGUGACCCUGGCAAGUGUGAGAACGGAGACUCCUGCCAAUACUGCCACACCCGCACGGAGCAGCAGUUCCACCCGGAGAUCUAUAAAUCUACCAAGUGCAACGACAUGCAGCAGUCGGGCAGCUGUCCCCGAGGACCCUUCUGCGCCUUCGCCCACGUAGACCAGCCACCCCUCAGUGACGACCUGCAACCUUCCUCAGCUGUGUCCAGCCCCACCCAGCCAGGUCCCGUCUUGUACAUGCCAUCUGCUGCCGGAGACUCGGUGCCCGUGAGCCCUUCCAGCCCGCAUGCCCCUGACCUCAGCGCACUCCUCUGUAGAAACAGCAGCCUCAGCAGCCCAUCUAACCUCUGCGGCUCCCCACCGGGCUCCAUCAGGAAGCCCCCGAGUCUGGAAGGCAUUGUCUUUCCUGGGGAGUCUGGCCUCGCCCCUGGCAGUUAUAAGAAGGCUCCUGGCUUCGAGAGGGAAGACCAGGUGGGAGCUGAGUACCUGAAAACUUUGAAGUGCCAGGCCAAGUUAAAACCCCACUCACUAGAGCCCAGGAGUCAAGAGCAGCCUCUGCUUCAACCCAAACAGGACGUGCUGGGCAUCCUCCCUGUGGGCAGCCCUCUGACCUCAAGCAUCUCUUCUAGUAUCACCUCCAGCCUAGCAGCUACUCCCCCUAGCCCCGCCGGCACCAGCAGUGUUCCUGGCAUGAAUGCAAAUGCUCUACCCUUCUACCCCACCAGCGACACGGUAGAGUCGGUCAUAGAGUCUGCCCUGGAUGACCUGGACCUGAACGAGUUUGGGGUGGCUGCCCUGGAGAAGACUUUCGACACCAGCACGGUGCCCCACCCCGGCAGCAUCACAAUCGGCGGCAGCUUGCUGCAGAGCUCCGCACCCGUGAACAUCCCAGGCUCCUUGAGCAGCUCCGCUUCCUUCCACUCGGCGUCCCCCUCCCCUCCUGUCAGCCUCUCCUCGCAUUUCCUGCAGCAGCCCCAGGGCCACCUGAGCCAGUCAGAAAACACGUUUUUGGGGACCUCAGCAUCACAUGGAUCUUUGGGUCUGAAUGGGAUGAAUAGCAGCAUCUGGGAGCAUUUUGCCUCUGGAAGCUUCUCCCCGGGCACUUCCCCUGCCUUCCUGUCAGGGCCCGGGGCUGCCGAGCUGGCCCGGCUUCGGCAAGAGCUAGAUGACGCCAACGGCACCAUCAAGCAGUGGGAGGAGUCCUGGAAGCAGGCAAAACAGGCUUGUGAUGCCUGGAAGAAGGAGGCAGAGGAGGCCGGGGAGCGGGCCAGCGCGGCAGGCGCUGAGUGCGAGCUGGCCCGGGAGCAGCGCGAUGCACUGGAGGUGCAGGUGAAGAAACUACAGGAGGAGCUGGAGCGGCUGCACUCGGGCCCCGACCCGCAGGCCCUGCCCACCUUCCCCGACCUGGAAGCCCUCUCACUCUCCACCCUCUACUCUCUCCAGAAGCAGCUGCGGGCUCACUUGGAGCAAGUGGACAAGGCCGUGUUCCACAUGCAGUCGGUGAAAUGCCUUAAGUGUCAGGAGCAGAACCGAGCGGUGCUGCCGUGCCAACACGCCGUGCUGUGUGAGCUCUGUGCCGAGGGCAGUGAGUGCCCCGUCUGCCAGCCAGGCCGGGCCCAUGCCCUCCAGUCGUGACCCUGCAGGCCUGGCCCCGGCCUGGCUCAGAUCUUCUCCCCUAGGACUUUUUAAAGUAUAUAUAUAUGUAUGUAUGUAUGUAUGUAUGUAUGUAUGUAUGUAUAUGUAUAUGUAUAUGUAUAUGAUUAUGUAUAUGUAUACAUUUCUGUAUGUGUGUAGGUGUGCGUGGGCGGCCAGUGUGUGAACAGUGUCUGUGUGUAUAUCUAUACAUAGAUAUAGACACACACUUUAAAACAGACUUACCAAGCACUUUUUAAAAGAAAAAACUAUUUUGCAGUCCUCCCCCUGCCCGCUCCCUACCUUUCCCACUGCAGAGACAAAGUCCCCUCUUCUCCCACCAGCCUUUUGGCAGGGAAUCUGUUUCAGCCUCUUUUUUAUGUAGGAACUAACUGUUUUUAACUUCUUCCUGGGGCCUGAGCAGGGAAGGGUGGAAAGCUAGAAGGGGCCGAUGGGAGGGGACAAGCCUUCAGGGCAGGCCCUGUUCACCCCACUUCCCCAGGCCAGGGCGAGAGCCAGGGGUGUGGAAGACCUGGGCCCAGACCUGGUUCCCAGCUGUGAGGCUUGAGAGCGGGGCAUCCAAGCCCGCCUAGCUCUAGGGUUACCAAGCGUGUGUUUAGCCCAGGCUGGCGGGCCAAAGCCGUGGGGCCAGCCCCACUCCCAACCCUGGGCCCUUGCAGCUCCUCGAGGGGCAAAGCCCAGGCCUUUUACCCCUCAGGUACCUGAGGCCGGGGGUCUACCCCAGUCCUCCCCCGACCCCCGGGCUCCUAGAGCAGCCUCCCUGGCCCCAGGGCGACCUACCAGGCUGGCACUGCCCUGUCCAUCACCCCCCAGCUGCCCUCAGCUGUCUCCCCUCGUGCACAGCCCUCCGUGCUGUCCACCCCUCCCUCUGGCAGCUAGCAGGGCAACAGGUGGGGAGGAGCUGCGGACUGUGAGGACCAAGGUGGGGCCCAGGCCCUGCCCUCCUCCCCAGGAGGGGCUCCGUAUGCAUUCCUUGGUGCUCUCUGAGUGCAGCUGACGUCCUGCCCGUUUGGAGCAGACGCCUGUGUGCAUGUGUGUGCGUGCCUGUCCAAUGUAUAUUGUGUCUUAGCUUCCAUUUUUAAAAUUGUCCUGUACAGAGAGAUGCAGCAGGGGGUGGGAGGGCAGAGUGGACAGAGGGAAGCCACCCCACUCCCAGCACUGGGGGUCUGGGGUGGGAGCAAGAGGGCUGCAAAGGGUCUGGCCCGGCCCAGGCGCCGCCUUGGGCUCAGCACGAAAGGGCUUUCAACAAAUUAAGUGAAAACUUUUUUACAAAAACGCAAAAAUCAAAGCUCCAAACGUAUUGGAAAUAAAAUAUGAACUUGCGGUGGUAGC